UGUCGCGGUGGUUGCCCGUCGCCGGAACCAGGAGACCGCAGCCGGAGGGCCGCCAGAUCCGCCAAGAUGAACGACGCCGAUGUCUCCAAGCAGAUCCUGCAGAUGGUGCGCUUCAUCCACCAGGAGGCCGAGGAGAAGGCCGGCGAGAUCUCCGUCUCCGCCGAGGAGGAAUUUAACAUCGAGAAGCUGCAACUUGUUGAAGCUGAGAAAAAGAAGAUCAGGCUAGAAUAUGAGCGCAAAGAGAAGCAGGUUGAUGUCCGGAAAAAAAUUGAGUACUCUAUGCAGCUGAAUGCUUCUCGCAUCAAGGUGCUUCAGGCCCAGGAUGACUUGGUUAACCAAAUGAAAGAGGAUGCAAUGAAGGAGCUCCUGAAUAUCAGCAGCAACCACCAUGAAUACAGGAAGCUGUUGGAAGGACUAGUUGUUCAGUGCUUGCUUCGGUUGAAAGAGCCAGCUGUACUCCUCCGUUGCCGCAAAGAAGACCACCACAAUGUAGAAAGAGUACUGGAUUCAGCAAAGAGUGAGUAUGCAUCAAAGGCAGAGGUCCACGAGCCGGAGAUACUAGUGGACCACAGUGUCUACCUGCCACCUUCUCCAAGCCAUCAUGAUGAUGAUAAGCAUGGCCUGUUUUGCCAUGGAGGUGUUGUGUUGGCUUCUCGAGAUGGAAAGAUUGUAUUUGAGAAUACAGUGGAUGCAAGGCUGGAAGUUGUCUUCCGCAAGAAAUUGCCGGAGAUCCGGAAACUUCUUGUUGCGGCCUAAUCUGCACUUGUAUUUUGGCGAUGGUACAGCUGUUUCUAUGUAAUGGCUGCUGGUUUGACCCUGCAGUUGCAACGAACUCCGCCUGUUUUUUGCAAACAUCGAUUGUUUAAAGUAUUCAUCCUCUAUGUAAGCACUACCUAUUUGUUCAUUAUUAUUGCUGAGCACAAACUAUUUGCACGCUGUUUGCUCCGAGGAAUAAAUAAAUAAAGUACUGUCAGACUUAAAGGGUUAA